AUGAACGUUGAAGAAGAAAUUGGGCGACUCAAGGAAGAGAUCCAUCGUCUCGGCCAACCCCAACCCGAUGGCUCCUGCAAGGUUACAUUUGGCGUGCUUUUUAACGAUGACAGGUGUGCAAACAUCUUUGAAGCUCUAGUCGGCACGUUACGUGCAGCCAAGAAGCGUAAAAUCAUAACAUUUGACGGUGAGUUACUGUUGCAAGGAGUUCAUGAUAAUGUCGAAAUUAUCCUCAAACCUGACGCAGCAGCAAGCGGUGAAGAAGUUGUAAAGAGCUAA